UGUUUCCCCACGUAAAUCAUUCUAGCUUGCUCAUAAAGACAAACAGGAACCUAAAUAUAACCCCAUUCUAGGAUCCCUGUUGAUAGAUAGCUAGCCUAUAAUCUCUGGAACAUUAGAACAUUGCUACCAUAUUAUAUACACCUAAAACUUUGGUUUAGGGAGAGAUAUGAAAAACCGUAUGGAAAGAUUAGUGGUUCUUCCAUUCUCUUUCAGAUGUGCUUCUCAUUCAAGUGUGGAAUUAGGUGCACCCAAAGGAACAAAAGCAGAUUCAAAAGGCCAUGUUGUUUCAAGAAGACAAGAAGGGCAAGAUAGAUCAAUCAUCACAACCAAGAUGAAGAGGGGUUCUGGGUUUCUGGUUCUACCAAAGCCUAAUGUAGCUGCUGGCAUACAGAGAUUAAUCAAGGGCUUCAAGAAUUUUUCUCAAUUAUUUUUUUACAAAGAGGAUGUGGAGGAAAUGGAACCUGAGAUGGAAAUUGGGUAUCCAACAGAUGUGAAGCAUGUGACACAUAUUGGAAUUGAUGGGUCAACCAUUACAAAUAAUGUCAAGGGUUGGGACAAUGUCAAAGCACCUGAAUUAUUGUCUCUGUCUCCAAUUUCCUUCAAGCAAUUUGAAUUGGCCAUGGCUACCCAAGCUAAUUAUCCUCUCAUUAAUGAUCCUAAUUCCUCAAAAUGUGAUUAAUACACACUUAUGGGAAUGUUGCCCCUCCCAAGCCCCUUCUUCUAAUUGUAGAUUAAUGAUGAUGAUUGAUGACCAUGUAUCUAGGAGUUCAUAUACUAGUGCACAAAUUCAAAAUUCAUGAAUGUUUGUAAUCUCUUUCACUCUGUUUUGCUCGGUUCUUGAGAUUGCUUAAGCUUCAUUACACUUGUUAA